UAAACUAAAUUAUGAGGAAAGCUACCGUUACCUUAGCAGUUGGCGUUGUCUGAAGUUGUCUGUGUAUUGCAAGUCACUGUCUCCGCUUUAGCAAUAGAAACCAGUCCUGUGCUUAAGCCUUAACGAGUUCAUCACCAGUCCCAUCUUCAAAAUCAUUUGAGUUUCUCUUUCUUUCUGUUUUGAUUUUGAAGAAAGAAGCAUAUGGGAGGGAGGGGGGGGCCUACACUGCUUAUUGUUUGGAGGGCAGUAACAGUCCCUGUCAAUGAUUUUUACUUGGGUUGGGCGGUGAAUGAGAAUGACCCACCCAAUCAAUAUCACACUUGCUUAUUGCUGCUGCUGCUGCUGCUGCUGGGGUGGGGAUUUUAAUCAAUGAACCAUACCUCCUCCUCCUCCUCCUCCUCCUCUUCUUCUUCUUCUUUACCCUUUCUUUUCUCUCAGGGUCUUUUUCAUCACUAGCAAAACUUGAACUUGGAAUUCGAAUUGCCUCAAAAAGGGAAACUUGGAUCUCAGUCAUAUGAGGAUACCUUCAACUCUCGUGGAAGUGCUUCUGGUACUUGCAUUGUUCUGUUGUAGCCUAUGGACAGUGUGGAGCAGCACCACUCUUUGCCAACAGACGAACGAGGAAGUUCGACCUCACAGUGUCAGCAUCACCGAAUUUGGUGCAGUUGGCGAUGGGGUCACUCUCAACACAAAAGCAUUUCAGAAUGCCAUCUUCUACCUGAAUUCCUUUGCAGACAAAGGUGGAGCAAAGCUUUUUGUUCCGGCAGGCCGGUGGUUGACUGGUAGUUUUGAUCUCAUCAGCCAUCUAACUUUGUCGUUGGACAAGGAUGCAGUAAUUCUGGGAUCAACGAACCCUGAAGAUUGGCCAGUUGUUGAUCCUCUACCGUCGUAUGGGAGAGGAAGAGAGUUGCCAGGUGGAAGGCAUAAGAGCCUCAUUUAUGGACAUAAUUUGACUGAUGUUAUCAUAACAGGUAAUAAUGGAACUAUCGAUGGUCAAGGGAGUAUCUGGUGGAACAGGUUUUGGAACAGAAGUCUGGAUUAUACACGUCCCCAUUUGGUAGAAUUGAUGAAUUCAACAGGGGUUCUCAUUUCAAAUUUAACCUUCUUGAAUUCUCCAUUUUGGACAAUCCAUCCUGUAUAUUGCAGCCAAGUUACAGUUCAGAAUGUCAGGAUCCUUGCUCCUCAUGAUUCGCCAAACACAGAUGGGAUUGAUCCAGAUUCUUCUGACAAUGUAUGCAUUGAAGACUGUUAUAUAAGCACUGGUGAUGAUCUGAUUGCCAUCAAGAGCGGGUGGGAUGAGUAUGGCAUUGCAUAUGGUCGCCCAAGCACAAACAUUAUCAUCCACAGGCUAGUUGGUAGAACUCAAACAAGUGGGAUUGCUAUUGGAAGUGAGAUGUCUGGUGGUGUAUCUGAAGUUCAUGCAGAAGAUAUUCAAUUCUAUGAUUCAUAUAAUGCAAUCAGAAUAAAGACUUCUCCUGGCAGGGGUGGUUACGUUAGAAACAUCUAUGUCUCUAACGUGACCUUGGCUAAUGUAGAUAUUGCUAUUACGUUCACUGGUUUAUAUGGGGAGCAUCCAGAUGAUGCUUAUAACCCAAAUGCUCUACCUGUAAUAGAAAAGAUUACAAUCAAGGAUGUGGUAGGAGAAAAUAUCAAAACUGCAGGUCUUAUAGAGGGUAUAGAAGGUGACAAUUUUGUCAACAUUUGCCUAUCAAACAUCAUCCUUAAUGUGACCUCAAACUAUCCAUGGAACUGCUCCUACGUUAAAGGAUAUUCUGACUUGGUCCAACCAGAAGCUUGUGAGCCUCUCAAGGAGAGAAUAUUCCCUGGUCAUUGUUCAGAUUGUUACUAUUUGACAAAUCAAAUUCAGAGUUCCAAUAGUCAAAAUAGAGCAGGACAAACUUCAGGUGACAUAAGAGGUUGAGUGGAGUUGCCCCAUCUGCAGAAAGAGACCGAGAAAUGAUUGCUUUUUGUAACUUGUGUGCAGUAACAAAAUAAUUGAGUGAUUUAUCAGAAAUAGGAAGUUGGAUGAUUUCAUGUCUUGCUUUUUCUAGCUAAAUAUGGCUUUGGAAAGGAAAAUUGCAAAGUUGUGUUUCUGUUGAUUCUAAGGGAAAGAGUGAGUUUGGCUGUUGAUAGAGGUGAGAUAUGGCUACACUGACAUAAUUCCCUCUUGCCAAAAAUGUUAUCGGACACAGGAGAUUUUGCAGUAGUACGAGGCAGGUGCUUGUUGGCUUUACACCCCUUUUCAUUGAAUAAGGAAUCCAAUAAAUAAACUUCCUAGAUAGGUGGAAUUCACUCAAUUACAUACAUGCCUCUUCUUUUACGCUCACUA